CGCCUUGUACACAGCGGAGGACAACAAUCUGGCUAAAAAUAGUGCAGUUUCUCGGACCUCUGCCGUCCUGGUAUGCCCGCUGUCAUCCUGAUGCCCAGCGCCUGCGCUAGUCCACUGCGGCUGACGUCACAUCCAGCAUGGCGGUCAAGGUGCAAGCAACCAAAAGGGCCGACCCCCAAGACUUAAAGCCUGUUUUUCUGAAGUAUGCAAGCGUGGUGCAUGAUGGAGAGCAUUACAUGACCCCCAAGGACUUUGUGCAGAGUUACCUGGGUCUGCAUACACAGCUUCAACACAAUCCCCAAACUGUGGAGCUGAUAGCUGGAGUGGCCGACACCACUAAGGAUGGAUUGAUCUCUUUCCAAGAGUUUCUGGCCUUUGAAGCAGUUCUAUGUGCCCCAGAUGCCCUGUUCAUAGUUGCCUUCCAGUUGUUUGACAAGACUGGUACAGGGAACAUCUCAUUUGAGAAUGUACGUGACAUCUUCAGCCAGACUACAGUCCAUCACCACAUUCCCUUUAACUGGGACUGUGAGUUCAUCAGACUACACUUCGGCCAUGAAAGGAACAAAAACCUCAGCUACGCAGAGUUCACCCAGUUUCUGCAGGAGCUGCAGCUUGAGCAUGCCCGCCAGGCAUUUGCACAAAAAGACAAGAGCAAAAGUGGCACCAUCACUGCCUUAGACUUCAGCGACAUCAUGGCCACCAUCAGGCACCACAUGCUGACUCCGUUUGUCGAGGAGAAUCUGGUUUCAGCUGCAGGAGGGAGCACCUCCCACAUGGUCAGCUUCUCCUACUUCAAUGCCUUCAAUGCUCUCCUCAACAACAUGGAGCUGGUCCGCAAGAUUUACAGCACGGUGGCGGGCACGCACAAAGACACUCUCGUCACCAAAGAGGAGUUUGUUCAUGCUGCAAAUAAGUUUGGUCAAAUCACUCCAAUGGAAAUUGACAUCCUGUACCAGCUCGUUGGUCUCCACUCGCACUCUGGGCGGCUGAACCAUGCAGACAUUGAGAGAAUAGCCCCGCUGGAGGAAGGAGCCAUGCCAUACCACCUAGCAGAGAGCCAUAGACAGCACGCUCACGAAACAUCUCGACCCAUCUGGCUCCAGGCUGCGGAGUCUGCCUACAGGUUUACUCUGGGCUCAAUCGCUGGAGCCGCCGGCGCCACGGCUGUGUACCCUAUCGACCUGGUGAAGACGCGCAUGCAGAACCAACGCUCCACAGGCUCCUUUGUAGGAGAGCUGAUGUACAAGAACAGCUUUGACUGCGCAAAGAAAGUGCUCCGUUAUGAGGGCUUCUUUGGCUUUUACAGAGGUCUCCUCCCGCAGCUCAUUGGCGUUGCCCCGGAGAAAGCUAUCAAACUCACGGUGAACGAUUUUGUCAGAGACAAGUUCACCAAACAGGAUGAUACCAUCCCUCUUCCCGCAGAGAUUCUUGCUGGUGGAUGUGCUGGAGGUUCCCAGGUGAUUUUCACCAACCCUCUGGAGAUUGUUAAGAUCCGUCUGCAGGUGGCUGGAGAGAUCACUACUGGCCCAAGGGUCAGUGCCCUGACUGUUGUGAGGGACCUGGGCUUCUUUGGCCUCUACAAGGGAGCCAAAGCUUGUUUCCUCCGUGACAUUCCCUUCUCCGCCAUCUACUUCCCCGUUUAUGCCCACACCAAGGAGAAGCUGGCAGAUGAGGAUGGAAGGCUGGGGCCGCUGCAGCUGCUCACUGCUGGAGCUAUUGCAGGCAUACCAGCGGCUUCGUUGGUGACCCCUGCUGAUGUCAUCAAGACCAGGCUCCAGGUGGCAGCCAGAGCAGGCCAGACGACUUAUAACGGAGUCAUCGACUGCUUCAGGAAGGUCCUCAAGGAGGAAGGUUUCAGAGCAUUUUGGAAGGGCACAGGAGCUCGCGUCUGCAGAUCAUCACCGCAGUUUGGUGUAACGUUGGUGACCUAUGAACUGUUACAGAGAUGGCUCUAUGUUGACUUUGGAGGACAUCGUCCUGCUGGCUCCGAGCCCAUUCCCAAAUCUACAAUCACGGACCUUCCUUCUGUGACACCAGACCACCUGGGUGGUUACCGUCUGGCUGCUGCAACGUUUGCUGGUGUGGAGAGAAAAUUUGGCCUGCACCUGCCCAAGUUUAAGCCUUCCGGAGAGGUGACAAUCCAAUCAGAGACAUCCAAAACGAAGGUUCAGCCCUCAUAAACAGUCACUUCUCAUGAGGGCUGCAUGCUCUUCCAGCCCUCAUUUCCUCCUUUACUUAAUCACAUUUCAAUUCAGUGCAUAUGAGCGGUUGUCUUACUUUAAACGCUGCAUGGGUAUGGCUUUUAUUGCAUUUUCUUUGCAUAGCUUGCACAGUUUUUUUUUUGUACAUAUUGUACUUCUCCACAGAGGGACAUUAUGGCAUUACAAAGGAUUGUUACUGUGCUUUUCUGGUGUGCAUGUGUGACUUACAUUUAAGAGACAUGAGGAUGUACAGAUAUUUUCAAAGUAUUUAUUUUGAAAUCAUGACCGGGGA